CCCCUUGAAUCGCUGGCUCGGCGCGAUCGUGGUCGCGCGAGGCCACCUGGGGGCUGGAGUUCUCACGUCCCAGCGAGGCGGUAGUCAGAGGCGGCCACGGACUGCAAGUCCCGGCGUGCCGCGCGAGGCCCGGUGCAGCAGCGCGGGCUGCGGAGCCGCCAACUGGCGGCGUGUUGCGCUCGGAAGAGCCUGGGGCUGGCGGGGACCGCGCACCUGGCCACGGCCUGGGACCUUUGGCACCUGCUGGGACCUACUCCAGGAGGCCACGAUCCUGGCAGCUGGGUGGACCCGGACAAGUGCCCACCCCUCUCUGGGCCUCCUGUAGGGAAGGCGAGGGCAGUGGAGUCCCUCAGGCGUGGGAGGAGAGGCCUGGAGAGCGAGCCUGAGGUCGGCACUAGUCCCCUCACAGGAGACUUUGGCCGACAUCAGCCUGGCCGCCUGGGGACGCAAGGCCCUGGACAUCGCGGAGAAUGAAAUGCCGGGUCUGAUGCGUAUGAGGGAGAUGUACUCAGCCUCCAAGCCGCUGAAGGGCGCCCGCAUCGCUGGCUGUCUACACAUGACUGUGGAGACAGCUGUCCUCAUUGAGACCCUUGUAGCUCUGGGUGCUGAGGUGCAGUGGUCCAGCUGCAACAUCUUCUCUACCCAGGACCAUGCGGCGGCUGCCAUUGCCAAGGCUGGCAUUCCUGUGUACGCUUGGAAGGGUGAAACAGAUGAGGAGUACCUGUGGUGCAUUGAGCAGACGCUGUACUUCAAGGACGGGCCCCUCAACAUGAUUCUGGAUGAUGGAGGUGACCUCACGAACCUCAUUCACACCAAGUACCCACAGCUCCUGUCAGGCAUCCGAGGCAUUUCUGAAGAGACCACAACAGGGGUCCACAACCUAUACAAGAUGGUGGCUAACGGGAAGUUGAAGGUGCCUGCCAUCAACGUCAAUGACUCUGUCACCAAGAGCAAGUUUGACAACCUGUAUGGCUGCCGGGAGUCUCUUAUAGAUGGCAUCAAGCGGGCCACAGAUGUGAUGAUUGCAGGCAAGGUGGCAGUGGUAGCCGGCUAUGGCGAUGUGGGCAAAGGUUGUGCCCAGGCCCUGAGGGGUUUUGGGGCCCGCGUCAUCAUCACGGAGAUCGACCCCAUCAAUGCACUGCAGGCUGCCAUGGAGGGCUAUGAGGUGACCACUAUGGAUGAGGCUUGUCAGGAGGGCAACAUAUUUGUCACCACCACGGGCUGUACUGACAUCAUCCUUGGCCGGCACUUUGAGCAGAUGAAAGAUGAUGCCAUUGUGUGUAACAUCGGACACUUUGAUGUAGAGAUUGAUGUCAAGUGGCUGAACGAAAAUGCUGUGGAGAAGGUGAACAUCAAGCCCCAGGUGGAUCGCUACUGGCUGAAAAAUGGGCGCCGUGUCAUCCUGUUGGCUGAAGGCCGGCUGGUCAACCUGGGCUGUGCCAUGGGCCACCCCAGCUUUGUGAUGAGCAACUCAUUCACCAACCAGGUGCUGGCACAGAUAGAGUUGUGGACUCACCCUGACAAGUACCCUGUUGGGGUCCACUUCUUGCCCAAGAAGCUGGAUGAAGCAGUAGCUGAAGCCCACCUGGGUAAGCUGAAUGUGAAGCUGACCAAGCUGACUGAGAAGCAGGCCAAGUACCUAGGCUUGUCCCGUGAUGGCCCUUUCAAGCCUGAUCAUUACCGCUACUGAGAACCAGGCUGUAGUUUGCCUUAUAGUUGCUCGCUAUAAGGUGCUGGCCUUGCUGGGGUUCCACUUCUCUUCAUCAAGAGCAAAUGGCACCAACUUUGAAAUAGGUUUGCUAAUGUCCCCCAUUGACUUCCUGGGGCUGGUCACUCAGUCUUUAACCUCUGCUGCUGCAUCUCGCAUACUGCUUCAAGUGUGGCAUCGUGAAUUGAGAAGCCCCUUCUGAAGCCCUGGUCAUGAUAGAGGUACACAGGAGAUAACCGUAGGGAGCCAUGAGCAGAGGGGUUUUGGAACUGCUCACUCAGUCAGUCCUUACUUAGGUUAGAAGUUGGCAGUGGUAGUCACAAAACCCAUGCACUUUUCCAUCUAGGCCCUCCCCUGACCUAUGGCCUUUAUAUUCAUGUUCUAAUUUACUGGUUCACUGGUUCCUCAGCCCAUGACUGAUGAGAAUGAACUAUAUCAAAGGGCAGGGAGGAACUCUUGGGAGUUUGUUCCUGAGAGCCUGGCUUAGUACUGGACAUUCUAUUGUUUAAGAGGUUUCUCAGAACAGUGAGGUCAGUACUUUCAGUUCCUAUUUUACAGAGGUUAGAAUAUAGUGUUAUAGGAAAACCAAAAAAGGACAAGAGAUGUGACAGCCAGAAGUUGAGAGAGGCCAGAGAAUCAUAAAAGCAGGCAGAGAUCUGCCACCUCUUUGUAACAUGAUGGCUCCUAUCACAACCCUGGAUUAAAAAUAUUAAUUUGGUUUAUAAUGUUUAAUUAAUGUUUAUAAUGUUAAAAGAGAGCAAGAAAGUGGGUAAAUUAAAAAUUUGGUGC